AUGAGAUUCUUUUCCGUUUUCCUGAUCUCUUUCGCAUUCGCAAAGGGCCUCAAUGAUGAGAUCCGAAAGCAGUUCAUGGAAAUGGUGAUGACACACGAGAACCCUGCUACUGAAAUUAUCGAAAAAUUGACGACUGAGGUUGAUAUUAUUGAGACUAAACUACAGUCCAAAUACGACUCUGCUUUUUUGGAAGAAAUCGGCUUUGAAGAGGAAGAUGGAGUCGACACUUGUCAACUUUGCACUGCGAUUCGACUUACUCCGCGUUGCCGAAAGCCGAUUUAUCCGGGGCAACCGACGCGGCCGCGCAUCUGCAGAGCUUGCCUCAUCUAUCUCGUCGCGGGCUGCCUCGCAAAUUAA